AUGGAGAUUUCUAACUCUAUUUUAGGAAAGAGAUCAUAUCACGAGACAACAUCAGUAGAGGAGGAACAAAAAAAUGAAGAGCAACAACUUAUCAAAGUAGAAGAUAUAGAUUUCUGUGAUUAA